CGAUUACUCGAGUCGCAGUCGCACCUAGCUGUAUAGUCGCCACUAGAUUGUAUAUGAGAAGUAACUUCAGUAAAUCACCAAAUGAGAACGUGUUGGUGUUCUCGCAUUGGGAUUCGGUUAGUAGUGAACGAGUGUUGUUGGUUCUUACGAAAAUAAACGUUUCUUCGAGGUAAUAACCGUAAUUUUUAGUGUUUCUAGUUGAGGGUGUUGAAAAUACUAGAAGUAAACCACGAGGAUGAAGAACAAACUAAAAUAUCUGGUGGUGGAUUCAGGAGCAUUUAUUCAAAAGCAACCACUGUGGGAGCAUGCUGAAGAGCUGUACACUGUACCAGAAGUACUUGCAGAGAUUAAAGACAAGCAAACAUCUCAAUUUAUUGAGUCGUUUCCUGUAAAAGUAAAUUUUUGUCAGCCACAACCUGCAAGCCUCAAAUUUAUUUCCACUUUCUCCAAAAAGAGUGGAGAUUUCCAUGUCCUCUCAUUAACUGAUCUCAAAUUACUGGCACUUACUCAUGAGCUUCAUGUGAAAGAGAAUGGCAGCUCCAAUCUGCGGCUGGAACCACUGAAGAGAAUAACCAACACAACAAUAACUCUUCCAUUAGUAAAUCUAGAUAAAAAUCAAACUGAGGCUGAAAUUAACAAUAGCAAAGACACAAAUAAUUUUGAGCCAAUUGAAGAAUUUAAUGAGGUAGAAUGUGAAGGUGGGUUUGAUGGUGAUGUGAACAAUGCAGAGAAUGAAGAUGAUGGUUGGACAACAAUAACAAAGAAGAGGAAACCAAAAAAAAUUAUUCAGCAGCAGCCUGUCUCUGUCAGUGAGGCAACAACUGAUGAACAGGUGCCUUAUUCUCAGCUUGUCUCUUUAAGAUCAGACCUUCUCCACCUUCUUGAUGAACAUCUUGAGAAGUUCAGCUACAUAGCUGGCCACAUGCCAAGCCCCCUUCAGGAAACUCUCAUGACUGCUCUUGUUCAUUGCAUUCUAACACUUGGAAUUAAAGACCAAGCAUCAUCUUACCUCAGAACAGUGCUCAAGACAUCAGAAUCUUGGUUAUUGAAAGUACUACUUUAUCUUGUUGAGGAUAUUGCAGAUUCUAAGAGCACCUCCAACGAGUUUUGCAACUCAGAAUUUCUUCUGCAGCUGAUUAAUUGUCCAUGUGAAGAAAAUGAUUUACAAGAAUAUGAAAACAUAAGGCGGUGGCUUAGUCAUGUCAAGUCCUUCGAGUGGUUCUGCAAGCCAUCUCGUCUUCCUUAUGUUUCUACCACAACUGGUGCUACGAAAAUUCUUCAUUCCUCAAUGCUUGCUGUGGCUCAGAGUACUCUUUCCCAUACACAGACCGGUGACCAGGGACUUGCAUUGUUGGAGGAGGAAGAAGAGGACGAUGAGGAUGACGAUGACGAUGACGACGAGGGGUGGAUUACGCCUGACAACAUUGAUCAGAUGACGUCGACAGGCUGGUGCCCCAGAGAAGCUGACGAGGGCAACGACAGCGAGCUCGAGGACUGCCCAGUGACCGUGGCGUGCAUCACUGUCGACUAUGCCAUGCAGCACGUACUAAAGCACAUUGGGCUGGGUGUGCUGGGUAUUGACGGCCGCAUCAUAAGAGAGCUGCGCAACUUUGUGCUUCGCUGCUUCACGUGUUUCACCGUCACGCCCGACAUGAGCUUGCUGUUCUGUCCGAAAUGUGGCCACAAAACCCUGAAGCGUGUCUCCAUCACCACUAAUGCGGACGGCACGCAGAACAUCUGGAUAUCCCGUAGACGUCUCAACACCAGGGGCUUCAAGUACAAUUUACCGAAGCCCCGCGGCGGCCAGCACGCCCUCAUGCCGCUGCUGACGGCAGACCAGCGCUUCCCCCACCAGUGGGCCAAGAAAGCCAAGAGCGUCGACGCUCUCGAUCCUGAUUUCAUUGCUGGCCCAUCGCCGUUCGCCGCUCGUGACGUCAACUCACGUGCCGCUGUUCACGGCUGCUUCGCUGGCACCAACAGCGCGGGCAACGCCCAUCCCCGCCUCAAGCACGCCAAAAUUUGGAAGCCCAAGCGUAAGAAAACUGUUAGGAAGUAGCAAAAUGCAUAAAGCUGUUUC